AAAUGCGACAAUCUUUCACAUGUCAUGUUAGUUUGAAGACUGUUCUCAACAUGUUAGCAAACAAGUGUAAAUAAUUACGGUUUUGUACUGCUUUAACGACUUAUAUUCCGUUCGAUUGAAUACGUUUGUUCGCUCGUGCGUACACCACACAACAGCAUCACCACACAACGUUACAAGCUGGCUGCUCUGCUGUGCUGGCUAGGCAAUGAGAUAACGCUAGACAAGCAAAAAAAGUCUGGUAAGCCUGCUAGCCAGUGUAUAGCCAGUAUCAGUGGAAAGUUGCUAGCUAGCUGGCUACAACAUUAGACAUUUUGGAAGGUGUCACAAUGUCCCAUGAGGGAAAUGAUGUGAUUACAGAACCCUCGUGUGGAGAUUCCAAUAACAGUCAGACAGACACUAUUUCAAAAAGGCAGAGGAAAAAACUCUUGAAACAUCAGCAAUGGGAGGAGCAGAGGGACCUUCGAAAGCAGAGGCGCAAGGAGAAGAGGCAAAAGAAGCGACAGGAGCGAUCAACUCAAGAGGAAGAGGGAGCUGAAUGGGUGAGCCGCAAGCGUCUACGCAGUGAGGUGCAGCCCAGUCCUCUGAGACUAGUGGUGGACUGCAGCUUUGACAGCCUCAUGAUGUUCAAGGACGUGAGGAAGCUCCACAAGCAAAUCCAGAGGUGCUAUGCAGAGAAUCGACGCACUUUACACCCUGUACAGUUUUAUUUAACCAGUCUCGGUGGACAGUUAAAACAAAACAUGGAUGAAACUGACAAAGGAUGGGUGAAUUGGAAGGAUAUAACUAUCAAAACGGAGCACUACCAUGAAGUCAUACCCAGAGAGGAGCUAGUGUACCUCACCUCUGACUCCCCAAAUGUGCUGACUGAACUGGACGACACCAAAGCCUAUGUCAUCGGAGGCCUGGUUGACCACAACCACCACAAGGGGAUCUCCUUUGAGAGAGCCAAGGAGCUGGGGAUUCAGCAUGCACAGCUCCCUCUAGAAAGCUUCGUCAAGAUGAACAGCCGGAAAGUGCUCGCAGUCAAUCACGUAUUUGAGAUCAUUCUGUCGUAUAUGGAGAUGGGUGAUUGGCAAGAGGCCUUCUUCACAGUCCUGCCUCAGAGGAAAGGGGCGGUUCCUGUUGACCAGAAUGGCCAAGCAGUGGAAGACAAGGAGGACGAGGAUUCAGACAGAGAGUCAGACGGGACCAACACUGUCAAAGAUAAUACAUCAAGCAUGCCGGACCAACAAGAAGGAGCAAAUGAACAAAUAGAAGCAUAGUCAAUUGAGGCUUUUAAAGAGUGGCUUUUUUUUAGGCUACAGUGCUUUAAGAAUCCAUUAAGAUUUAAAAUAUUUUGUUUC